AUGGAGCCUAGAAACCAAACAAGUGUUUCAGAAUUCCUUCUCCUGACACUGACAGACGACCCAGAACUGCAGCCUCUCCUCUUUAGCCUGUUUCUGUCCAUAUAUCUGGUCACUGUCCUGGGGAAUCUGCUCAUCAUCCUGGCUGUCAGCUCUGACCCCCACCUCCACACCCCCAUGUAUUUCUUUCUUGCCAAUCUGUCCUUCACUGACAUCUGUUUCACCACCACCACAAUCCCGAAGAUGCUGGUGAACCUCCAAGUACAGAAUCAGAGCAUCACGUAUGCAGACUGCCUCACUCAGGUCUGCUUUGUCCUGAUCUUUGUUAGUCUGGAAAGCUUUCUUCUUGGAGUAAUGGCCUAUGACCGCUAUGUGGCCAUUUGUCACCCACUGAUGUAUACAGUCAUCAUGAACCCCCGUCACUGUGGUCUGCUGAUUCUACUCUCCUUGUUCAUUGCCACUGUGGAUGCCUUGAUCCAUAGCCUGAUGGCAUUGCGUCUGUCUUUCUGCACAGACCGGACAAUCCCCUACUUCUUCUGUGAAGUUCUUCAGAUCACCAAGGUUGCCUGUUCUGAUACACUCCUCAAUAACAUCUUCUUAUAUUUGGCAGCUACCAUACUGGGUGGUGUCCCUCUCUCUGGAAUCAUUUUUUCUUAUACUCAAAUUGUCUCCUCCAUUUUGAGAAUACCUUCAGCAGGUGGAAAGUAUAAAGCUUUUUCCACCUGUGGGUCUCAUCUCUCAGUUGUUUCCUUGUUCUAUGGGACAGCCUUAGGCACGUAUGUUAGUGCUGCAUUUACACACACUUCCGGGAAGACUGCAGUAGCUUCAGUGAUGUACACUAUGGUAACUCCCAUGAUGAACCCCUUCAUCUACAGCCUGAGAAACCGGGAUGUGAAGGGAGCCCUGAGGAACAUUAUCGGGUGCAUACCUGCUUUUUAGUUAUUAAAUUAUCUGCUUUGGAUCUGGAUUUCUAGGUUGCAUGAAUGGAAAAGAAUUCUCAUAAGCCGGAAUUCCUGACUCUCCCAUCACUUUGUUCUUCUAAAAUUACAAGAUAACAUAAUGCCUACGUGCAAUUCAACUUGGGAUCGGACCCUGACUCUGUUCUGUGUGCAGCUCUGUACUUUUGACAAAUAAUUCCAACACUCUGUUGUUGUUGUUGU